AUAAAUUGUCGCGGUAGGGGCGUUCGCGCACUAGUCUCUCGUCAGACGGAUGUGAAACGUCGUAUAGUUGUUAGCAAAAGCUCCAUUACUUGCUUUCGCCAACUAUCGAUCUCCCGUGCGGUUAUUUAACCCUUUUUCUUUUUUGUAAGAAGUCAACGAACAAUCAUAAUACAAAAUGCGUGAAUGUAUCUCAAUCCAUGUUGGACAAGCUGGAGUACAGAUUGGCAAUGCCUGCUGGGAGUUAUAUUGCCUGGAACAUGGCAUUCAACCGGAUGGUCAAAUGCCAUCUGACAAGAGUAUCGGAGGUGGGGAUGACAGCUUCAAUACUUUCUUCAGUGAAACUGGUGCUGGCAAACAUGUACCCAGGGCUGUCUUUAUUGAUUUGGAACCUACUGUAGUUGAUGAGGUUCGUACUGGAACUUACCGCCAGCUCUUCCAUCCAGAACAGCUGAUCACUGGCAAGGAAGAUGCUGCGAAUAAUUACGCUCGUGGCCAUUAUACAAUUGGCAAGGAGAUUGUGGAUCUCGUACUGGAUCGUAUCCGCAAACUCGCGGAUCAAUGCACUGGCUUGCAAGGUUUCCUAAUUUUCCACUCGUUCGGCGGCGGUACCGGCUCCGGCUUCACCUCCCUCUUGAUGGAACGUCUGUCUGUUGACUACGGAAAGAAGUCAAAGCUUGAGUUUGCCAUUUAUCCCGCACCGCAGGUCUCCACAGCUGUAGUCGAACCGUACAACUCGAUCUUGACGACGCAUACCACCCUGGAACACUCAGACUGUGCAUUCAUGGUUGAUAAUGAGGCGAUCUACGACAUCUGCCGUCGCAACUUGGACAUUGAACGGCCGACUUACACGAAUUUGAAUCGUCUGAUCGGCCAAAUCGUCUCCUCCAUCACAGCAUCCCUGCGGUUCGAUGGCGCACUGAACGUUGACCUCACCGAGUUUCAGACCAAUUUGGUGCCCUAUCCGCGCAUCCACUUCCCUCUUGUUACUUACGCGCCUGUUAUCUCAGCGGAGAAAGCAUAUCACGAGCAGCUUUCCGUCUCGGAAAUCACCAAUGCCUGCUUCGAGCCGGCUAACCAGAUGGUCAAGUGCGAUCCGCGUCAUGGCAAGUAUAUGGCUUGUUGCAUGUUGUACCGCGGUGACGUCGUACCUAAGGAUGUAAAUGCGGCGAUCGCCACCAUCAAGACCAAGAGGACCAUCCAAUUCGUCGACUGGUGCCCCACCGGUUUCAAAGUCGGCAUCAAUUACCAGCCGCCGACUGUCGUGCCGGGCGGCGAUCUCGCCAAGGUGCAACGCGCCGUUUGCAUGUUAUCCAACACUACAGCCAUCGCCGAGGCUUGGGCUCGUCUUGACCAUAAGUUCGAUCUCAUGUAUGCUAAGCGUGCGUUUGUUCACUGGUACGUCGGCGAGGGUAUGGAAGAAGGAGAAUUCUCCGAGGCGCGUGAAGAUCUCGCCGCGCUCGAGAAGGAUUACGAGGAGGUCGGAAUGGAUUCCGCGGAGGGCGAAGGCGAGGAAGGCGCCGAGGAAUAUUAAAAUGACGGCUCUCUUGAAAAGAUACGAUUCUGCUAUCUCUUGAAAUAAAAUACUGAACAUAUUUGCAACGCAA